AUGAUUAGCCACGGCUUCAGCGAGGUCAGUUUGAAUUUGGAUUUCGAUAAAGUUGCAAGCUUGGUAAAAAUGAAAAAGUUAUGGAUUUUAGCACUCUUCAUAGUGCUAACUGUGGCACAGGGUGAUAAUCCAUGCAUAGGAAACGUAGGAGUUCGCAGAUUGCCCGAUCCCACCGAUUGUACACGAUUCUAUCUAUGCAUCGAAGAAAAUGCGUUUCUCACGCAAUGCGGAGUGAACUUGAUUUUUGACGUCAUCACAGAAAACUGCAAUGAAGAGCACGUCUCCGUGUGCAUUAAGGAUAUUGUAACCCCUCCAACGCCUUCAGUACCUGGUGAUACUACAGUGACACCUCCGGGGGAAGAAACCACCGCAGUCCCAGAAGCGCCUACUCCAGAAGACGAAACCCCGGGUGUUCCAGAAGCGCCCACUCCAGGAGAACCAACAACCAUUAUUCCUGAAGCGCCCACUCCAACACCUGCUCCGAUAACCACUCCUUCUCCUGCUCCUCCAAUAACCACUCCUGCUCCUACACCUGCUCCACCAAUAACCACUCCCGCACCAGCUCCAGUUACCACUCCUCCUACUCCUGCACCAGCACCAGUAACAACUCCAGCCCCUGGUCCGAUCCCACACUGUCCCCCGGAUCAGCUAUUUUAUGCACCCCACCCGGAUUGCACCAGAUUCUUCCGUUGCGUCUUCGGAACCCUGCACGUGCUCGACUGUCCACCGAACCUGUACUGGAACCAGGAGCGAGAAUUCUGUGAUCACCCGUUCAACGUUCAGUGUCCAUCAUCCGCUGUUCAAGCAUCAAACAACCCAUGUGAAGGAGUCCUCGGAUAUGCACAAGUUCCCGAUCCGAACGACUGCCAAUGGUACUUCCAGUGUAUCAACCAUUUCGGAUUCCCUGCGCAGUGCUCUACUGGGUUGAUUUUUGAUAUUCUCACCAGCAACUGUAAUCGGCCGGAAGUAUCAGUAUGCAUUCUAGAUGUUUCGACACCACCAACACCGACCGGUCCUUCCAAUGCAACUUCAACGACCUCAAGUACUACGCCGAAGACUUCCACAACUAGGAAAACUACCACAACUACGAGAACAUCCACAUUGAGGACGACGACAACCACUAGAACUUCUACACCGAGAACGACCACACCAAUCACAACUUCAGUACCGGAAAUAACAACAACCACAGAAACAUCUUCACCGGAAUCAACUUUAACGGAGGAAAUUACUACACCAGAAGCGACUACAAUUACGACAACCACAACGAUUGAUCCAGCGCCGAUUUGUCUUCCGGAUCAACUGUUUUACGCUCCCCAUCCGGACUGCAAUCGCUUUUUCCGCUGUAUUUUUGGUUACCUAUUUGUGUUGGAAUGUCCUCCAAAUCAGUACUGGAACCAGGAAAAGGAACAAUGCGAUCGUCAAGAGAACGUGCAGUGCCAGCGAAUAAACUGA